CGAUUUCGACCGCGACAUAACAUUGAUCGACCGCAGAUAUUAUACCAGUUCAUUUGAACAAAUUUCAUGACCCCAUACCAAAACUUCAUAAGUAAACUAAGUUAGAUCUAUAGGCUAGACCUCUAGUGUUUCUUACUUAGCAUGGCCGACGAACAAACGCUAGCUCAGACAGCAAAAGCAGGCGGAGACACAAUAUUUGGCAAGAUUAUACGAAAGGAAAUCCCUGCAGAUAUUUUAUAUGAAGAUGAUACGACUAUAGCCUUCAAGGAUGUCAAUCCUACGGCCCCUGUUCAUUUCCUGGUGAUCCCUAAGAAGCCUAUUUCAGGCAUCUCAGCUGUAGAGAAGGAUGACGUACAGAUCCUUGGUGAGCUGAUGUACACAGCGAAGAAGGUUGCACAGGAACAAGGACUGACCAACGGAUAUCGGCUAGUGGUCAAUGAUGGUAAAGAUGGCUGCCAAUCUGUCUACCACAUUCAUAUCCAUGUCAUAGGUGGCAAGCAACUGUCCUGGCCUCCUGGCACUGAGGUACCAGUAGCAUGUUUGUGACUCAAGACAGUGUGAUGGCUCGAGGAUGAAGGAUGCUGCUUGGUUUAUCAGAUUGUUCAGUGAGCUGUUGGCAGAUAUAGGUGUUGAAAAAUGUUGUCCAAACUUGUCAUUUGAAGUUGUAAUUUAUUGUAAGUGAUUGUAUUAAAUAUUGCCCAUUUAAAGUGUACCUAUCACCCAAACCUGUUAUGCUCUUGAUGUAAGGGUUCCAUGUGGCUAUACCGUUUUCAAAAUUCUACCUUCAAAUAUUACUUCUACAAAGAGAUAUGUAAUUUAAAAGUGAACAGCAAUACGUCUUGUUGAGUAGACGAGUUAAUGCACAUGUACCGGUAUACACUGGGACUAAGGUUCAUUGCGAGCCCUUUACCCAAGGUUUCAUGUUAUCCUUUAUUUUUUCUUCAUACUCCUCAACAGUUUAAGUCUGUUAAUUUUGGAAAGGUAGCUCUGGUACUGAAUGAUUACCGGUGUAAUUGUGAAUUGAUUAAGUAAAGUCCUGCACAAAGUAUAUCAAACUAAAGAAAAUGAAAAAUGCUUGUCUAGAUUGCAUUAGGCUGAGGGACGACGGGUAUUAUGAAAUUGUAUAAUUAAUGCAUAAACUUGGGGGUGAGAUAUUCAUAAUUUCAGCAAAUUUCUACAGAAUUUAAGUUAGCUGCAAAAGGGAUACAAAACCUUUAAAGGGCUGAAUUUCAACAUUAAUUGGUUCCUUAAUGGCCAUAUGGUUAUCUCAAAUUUAUAAUAUUCCUUACCUUAUAAAAAAUAAUGUCUUAAAGCUUAUCUGUACUAGUUUAUAGGAGGGAUUAGACCACCCUGCAAGGUUACUGGACAUGUGGUUAUCUCAUUAACUUGGCUCUCAAUUAGCUACAAGUAGCUAUAAGUAGGACAGUGUGGCUUUAUAUGUAUGAGAUUAACCUGAAAAUGAGCUUGUCUCUCCCUGUCUCUCUAUCUUGCUCCUUUACCCCGCUCUGUAUAUUCCUGCCCUCUUUAUAUUAUAUUUCUACUUCUUGAUCUCUUUCUUUAUGCAAUGUUUUUCAUAUUCCAACAAUGUGACUGCAUUUAAUAUAUGUGAUAAUCAAACGGGCAUUACCAGUAUUUAAAGCACAUUAUAGGAUGUAUCCUUUAUUUAAAUCAUUGAAACAUUUUAUUGCACAUUAUUUAUAAAAAGAAUGAAAUUUGCUCUUUAAGUGUAUAUAUAUUUAAAAGAACCAGAGGACAAUUUUCUUCACUUUAUCUACUGCUUUUAGUUCUUGUUCAACACUUUGUGAUAACCAACUAAUCAGUCUGAUACACAAGACACCACGUUUUUUUCAAAAGAAAUAAUUUUUAUAAACUUAAUGUGUUUUAAUAAUUCAUACAGUAAUAAUGCAACAUAUCAAUGAGAGUAUUUUUUUAUUAAUGAAAAUAUUAGAGAGAUUGGGCAUAAAAAAAAAAGAGUAGAGGUGGACAAUGUGAACAUUUUGCAGAGUCAGAUUGCGCCUCUGAAAGGGUCCUUGACCAUCAAAGGUUGUAUAUUUAAAUACCCAUGGAAUGGAAAACUACAAUCAUACUUGCUACCCCCGUCACUACAUCCCAAAAUAAUCACAUCAUGUUAGAAAAUCUAUCAAACACUUUUAAUCAAUGCAGUAUAGAGGAAAAACGUACCAAAAAGUUGCAGUAACAUUAUUUGUCUAUGUACAAAUUAACAUGAAAUGUAAUUAUUCAUUCAGUACACAUCCAUCUUAUUAAAUUUUUAGUUCACAGAUUUCCACAUUCUUAUCUUGGCAGUUCCUAUUUCAAUUUGCGUGUAAUAAUUACAUGACGGCUAAUAAAAUGAUGCCACCUGCUUGAAUCAUCAAAUUCUCAAUAUUAAGCUCAGCGAGAGAAUCUUUUAUGAUGCAUGUAUAAGAUCUCAGAGAAAAUAUACUUUUUGAAUUGUCAAUGAAGCCCCAACAAAAUUCACUGUCAAGAAUAAAAUUGCCAAUAGCUGCACAGGCAGGGCUGAGAUAAAAUACAAUCUAUCCAUCACGUUGUCUAUCUUGAGUGAUAUAAGUAACACCCUUCUUGCACUCAGGAGACAAUAUCAUAAACUGGUUGCCUGGCAUGUUUCUUUUGCUGUCUGAUAGAGGACAAUUCAAAUUACCAAUGCAUGAGAAAGACCUUGAUUAGCUUUGAGUAUUGAUUACAGCUGUUGAACGAUUAAAAUUCAAUGUAAUAAGAAUCUGACAACAUGGAAGAAAAUGUGACAUCUACAUUUUCAGCCAGCCAUCAACAAAGCUAUCAGUUUUCCCCUUGAUGUCUUCCUAAAUACUGUACUUGCGUAUAUAACCUAUUAAAGAAGAGUCCAAGAAUAAAAUAUAUUUUGAAAUGAAAUACUGAUGAGGAUUCAACUGUACACACCCCAAUACACUUUCAAAAUAACCUAAACUUCACUUCAAAUGCAAAAUAUGAUUAUCAAUUUAUCAAGCCUGAUCUGUGAAAAAAUGCUUCAUUAGAAUGCCCUCUUUGAGAGUUACAUGUACACCUUUUUGAUGUCAACUAGAAUAGUCAUAUUUCGUUAAAUUUCUUCAGAUCAUUGAUGGUAGUUACUGCCACUGAAUCAUUCGCACUACAUUCCGACACCAAGCAGUAUUAAGAAAUCUGUAAAUAAA